AUGCCUUCCGUUUCAUUUGCGUCAGACACUCGCCCGGGGUCUGGACAACAGGUCGAUUCAAACAACGAUAAGUCCGCCCACGGGCCAUCACAUAUUGGCAGGAACAAUAAUUCAGGCAACCCUGUUUCAGGCACGGAUAACGCAACCGAAUCCACACAACUACGCGUGCCGACUACUAUGCCUUCUUUGGCUCGAGGAUUUUCUCUCGUUCCAGAACGGCUUGGGAAGCGUGGUUCGUACAAAAAACAGGGGAACAAAGGUAUGUUUGGAUGUGAAGCUGCCAUGCAACUGUUGGCCUAUCUGGCCGCCCUCCUCACUUUGCCCUUUUCUUUGUUCAUGUGCUUGAAAGUGAUAGCACAAUACGAAAGAGCUGUGGUGUUUCGGCUUGGGCGCCUGGUUUCAGAAAUACCAAAAGGUCCGGGAUUGGUAUUCAUCCUACCUUGUUUAGAUAAUGUGAAAACAAUUGAUCUGCGCACCUUCACUUUCAAUGUGCCAACACAAGAGGUGCUGACCAAGGACUCGGUCACUGUGGCCGUAGAUGCUGUUGUCUAUUACAGGAUCUUUGAUCCUGUAAUGUCGGUUGUAAAUGUGGAGGACGCGAACAGGUCUACUCGUCUACUGGCUCAAACAACUCUACGGAAUGUAUUAGGUACGGUGGAUUUGUACCAGUUGCUCACUGCAAGAGAGCAAAUCGCACACUUGAUGCAAGAUUGUUUGGAUACAGCAACGGAAACAUGGGGUGUCAAAGUGGAGCGGGUUGAUAUCAAGGACGUGCGUCUGCCUAUUCAGUUGCAACGUGCCAUGGCAGCAGAAGCUGAAGCGGCUAGAGAGGCCAAAGCGAAAGUGAUAGCUGCUGAAGGGGAACAACGCGCUUCGGUUGCACUGAAGGCGGCCGCGCUAGAGAUUGGCGAGUGCCCCAUCGCCCUGCAACUUCGCUACUUACAGACGUUAAGUAGUAUUUCAGAUGAAAAGAAUUCCACAAUUAUCUUCCCCUUGCCAAUCGAUUUACUAAGCUUAUUCCAUCAGAAUCUCAGUGGAAAUGGAGGAAGUUCCUCAUCCAGAGUGGGUAGCACCCAAAGUGGUACGCCUCCGGACAAUGAGCCAAGAAUCGGUGGUCCACCGCCUCCACCGCCGAGGGAAGGACAAACUACUGCAUCUCGCCAAUAUGUUGCACCGCAGAAAACGGAAUCAGCAGAGGAGGAUUUGAUAUAA